CCGGACGCGCCACGAACUGGGUUGCCAGUUUUGUUACAAUGACGCCCUCACUGCCGUUCUUGUUUUGACUACUCUGCUAAGGAAGGAUGUGGAGCCAAACACGGCAAGGGAUCACAAAACAAAAGGAAGUAAGCAAGUUUGAGCUGCAUCAAUUGAAGCGUUUGAGCUUGUCUCAGGGCCCUUUGGGGCCCAGGAAGAGGAUGCAUCGAGGUGGGGAUAAGGACUUCCAGAUAUCUGCACGAAAGAUGGGGACAUCCUUGCUUUUCCAGCUGUCAGCUCAUGAAAGAGAACUGGAUUUGGUAUUUCUGGAUCACAGCUAUGCCAAACCUUGGAACGCCCACCCAGAUGCCAGCAGUGCCCGGCCCACAAGGACACUGUUUGUUACCUCUCGUCGCCAGCCUGAAGCCUUACCAGAAUCGGAUUCUGUUUUAGAUGUGGAAACAGUUACUCCAACACCUGUUCCUCUGUAUGAUAACCACAAAGCUCUGAGUGUGAUGAAGGAGUGUGAGCGACAUGUCCUGUUUGCCCGCACAGUUGCUGAGAGCCCUCCACCACCUGAUGACUGGGAGGAACAUAUAAACAAGACUGGAUGGUCAGUGGCCCAGAACAAACUGUUCAAUAAAGUCCUCAAAGCUCUGCAAGCUGAAAGACUAGCCCGCCUGGCCAAUGAAAAUGCCUCAAAUGAGCCGAUAUUGCGGAGAAUAGCUGUGGACAAGUGCGCGAGGAAGGUGCGGCAUGCAUUGGCCAGUGUGAACUGGGACACCAAACUGACACAGUGGUUACACACUACUAUGAUUGAAUCCUUGAGUCUCGCCAUGCUCGCUGCUUACCUGGAUGUGCUGCAGACUCUCAAAAGCAAGUUGCCUUUGCUGAUUGACCGAAUGUUGCUGACAUCAGCUAAGAGUGGCACUCCAAGUGCAGAGGCCCUUUCACUGCUUCUGAAACGGCCCUGGGACCCCGCUGUUGGAGUCCUGUCCCAGAACAAACCGAGCAAGCUUCCUGGAUCCCCACUCAUCCUAAUUGCACCAUCAAGCCCGACCAAUCCUGCCCUCUCUACCUCCCGGCGAAUGAGAUUUUGGCAGUCGCAACUCUCUUGUUUGGGAAAGGUCAUCCCAGUGCACAGUCAUGUGAACAGUGGAGCAAAUAUUGGCAUCACACAGUGCUUGGAGCACAUGUUGGGCACUGUCAGAGCAAAGGUCAUGGAGGUCCACAGCCACUUCCCCCAUAAACCCAUUAUACUGGUUGGUUGGAACACAGGCGCUCUCAUCGCUUGUCAUGUAUCCCUAAUGGAGUACCUGACAGCUGUGGUGUGUCUUGGCUUCCCCCUUUUAACAGUCAACGGGCCAAGAGGGGAUGUGGAUGACCCCCUGCUGGACAUGAAGACCCCAGUCCUAUUCGUAGUCGGUCAGAACGCACUGCAAUGUAGCAUUGAAUGCAUGGAGGAGUUCAGGGAGAGGCUAAGGGCAGACAACAGCAUGGUGGUGGUAGGAGGAGCAGACGAUAACCUCAGAAUCAAUUCAGUGAAAAUGAAGUCUGAGGGGCUGACGCAGACCAUGGUAGACCGCUGUGUUCAGGAUGAGAUUUCUGAUUUCCUGUCAGGCGUACUCACACGGGCAGAGGGCCACAGCCAUGGCUCAGGGGAGAUGAGGGAUAUGGACACAGAGAAGAAGAAAAGGCCUCGAAGGGAGCUUCCCUUUGACAUGGAACGAGGACGACCUUCAUCCCCUGCACUAAGGGUUCCCAUCUCACCAUCAGGUUCAGAGGAUUUAUCUAGUGUCUGCAGCAGUCCCACCUCAAGUCCCAAACCCAAGACAUCUGGUCUGUCUCCAGCACAGAAGUCCAGCCUGAUCACAGCCACACAGCUCUUGAAGACGCACAUGCAGCGCUCAGGCACAGUACUCACUCACAAGCAGGCUCAGGCUCAGUUUGCUGCUUUUAUGAAACAAAACAUGCUUGUGAGGAAAAACCUUCCUCCUGGCACCCCUCCUUGUAUUUUUGUGCCAGUGACUAGUGACCAGAUGGACAGUCUGGACAGAGACGAACUGAGGUCUCAUGGCAAGAGGAGGCAGGCACCCAGUCCAAUACCAACCAAAGCCUCAAAGAGGGCUAAAAUCAAGGUCACCAUUGUUUCCCAAAGCGAGUCAGCAGGGGGUGCCAUCAGCCCUGCGGCACAAGAAGUGGGUGUCUCUGGGAAGCCCUUAACAGUGACUGUGGGACAGACUGUGGCUGGAGCCAAGGAGCUCUCUGGACUUCUAACAGGCCAGCGGUCUGGUAGUGGCUCAGAGGUGUCUGGUGCCCUGUCUCCGGGCUCCAGCACAUUCAGCAGCAGCGUGCAGCCUUGCAUGGUGUCAGGGUCCUCCACACCAGCCCAGGUGCAAGCUCCAGCUACUGCUCAAGCAGCUUCCGCCAGCAGUCUGCUUCAAGGUCUAAGUUUCAGUCUACAGGAGAUCGUUACCAAAGCUCCUAGCCUGUCCUCCACAGCAGCAAACACAGGCAGCACCCAGGCAGUCUGUGGGAAACCUCAGGGUCAGGUUCUGGGCUCGGUCAGUUCCAGCAGCAGCACUCUGCUUCGGGCGGUGCCUGUGGUCACCACAGGAGGAGUGGCUAAAACCACCGCCAUCCACCAGCUGCUCACCAAUGGCGGGCUGGCCAAACUUGCCAGCAGCUUGCCUGGCUUGGCACACAUCACCAAUCAGACCGCUGUAGGGCAGAAAGCCCCCACAUCGAUAACAGUCACCCUCAGAGGAGCACAGCCAAGUAGAGUGGGAUCUCUCAGCCAAGCUGGUGAUGUGGCGCCAGCUAAAACAAGUGAGCCAAAGCAGUGAAAAUCUCUGCUUGUGAUUUCAAUGUGGUGGCACAUCUGAUAUAAGCUGGUGCCAUGCCAGAGACAUCUGGGAGCUGCAGCCUGCUGAUGAGACUGUUCCCUCCCUGCCAUGAUGAACACAACACCCCACAAUACGCAGAACACCUGCCUCCCACUCUCCAGAGAGUGUCAGAAAAGGCCAAGCAGUCUCCCUGGGCUGCGGCUGAGCUGCUCACAUACUUAACCUCUGUGUACAGACUCUAAUAACGCUGCAAUGUCGGUCUUGAUGUUAAAGUCUGUGCUCUCUGUUUACACCUUUAAAUUUUUUUAAGAAAACACGUUAUCCUCUUGGAAAGAAAUCAUAUCAUGUGAGAAUAAACUAAAACCCCAGACUGGGAUAAUUCCACUGUACAGCCCUCUAAAGCCUCAACUAAUAAGAUACUUUGCAUCUCAUUAAUCAAAGGUCUACACAAAUGUAAUUAACUGGAAUUGUUUUUGAAGCAUUUUGAUGUUACAACUGGAUAUCUGCAUAAUUGUGAAAUGACUUAAUUAGAAUGUUUGUCAUGUCUUCAUUAUUAUUUAUCACUGUAUUAUAUUCACAUCAUGAAAGAAUUUCAUUAUAAUAAUUACCCUUUGUGAAGCAGUCUUCUUGCACAAUAAAAAGAUGACAGAACCAUA